GGCUUAACAACGGAAAAUUUCUACGACGAAGCAAAAAGACUAUUCGGAAUAGCCAACAACACCUGUAACGAUACCAUAAGCGUCAGGAAAUUCUACAAAAAUAAAUUCGCAUUGGUAGUUGAUCUGAGAGCUGUUGACGACAACCAUGUCAUUGGAAGUGGAAAAAAGCUUCUUGGUGAUAAUCCCGGAAUUCUUCUAGAGAUCGAAAUCGACGGGAUGACCGAAGACAUUCUCUGUAACAUUUUUGUGUUAUCCGAUGGACUUAUAAACAUCAGCGAAAAGACCCUCCAAGGUAUUUGUUACUAAAUAAUAAAAGAUGGAACCAUUGGAAACACUAUUCAACAUGAUUAUUCUCGGAAUGACCGGAUGUGGGAAAACCUACUACCUACUGAAAAUGUUGGAGAACGAUUACAAAAACCACUUCGAGUAUAUAUUUCUAAUAUGUCCCACAUACGAAUGGAAUAAAACAUAUCAGGACUGGAAAUACAAUAAAGAUAAGGACUUUAUAGCCAUGCCCUGCAAACAGGAUGAUGUAAAUCCGUGCUUAGAAUACGUUUCACGGUUCGCAGCAGGAACGAACAGUCUAAUCGUCCUCGACGACUGUGCUACUAGUCAAUCCGUCAAAAACAGGACCAGCGAAUUGGUAAAACUUGGGUUUAGCGCUAGGCAUAUGGGAAUCUCAACCAUCGUUAUCACUCAACAACUUACGUCUAUUGCGAAACCCUAUAGAGAAAAUAUAUCCAAACUCGUAACCUUUUACAACCCAUGCACAAAAGAUACGAACAUCAUAUUGGACGAUUACCUGGCAAACACGGAAAAAGAAGAAAAAAAGGAAAUCAUUAAACGACUAGCUAGGCUGGAAAUACUAUUACGCCGUCCUUAUACCCACAGAACAAUUAUUCCGCAUAUUAAAUAAAGGAAUGGAAACCAAUUCGAAUCUGUAGAACCUGAGACUCCUAUCGCAAACGACCUAAGGCAAAAGCUACUGAAACUGGCUGACGCAGGUGAGAUUAAAUACACCGUAAAAUAUAUCAAAAAGGCAUCCGGAGGAACUUUGGAAAAUAUAUACAAAGACUACGAAAGGCAGCAGCUGGAGAACACAAACAACCAACUAGCUUACGUAAUCAUUACCAAGUUUUCCGAACUCAUGGAGGCGUUGGACGCUGUUAAGGAUGCUGAAGGAAUGAAAAAAGAACUGGAGGAAAACGAUCUGCUUAGAAAAGACAUAAAAAACCUCGUCAGUUACGUAACACCAUACAUCCCACUCAUUGGAAUACUAAGUGGUGGAAUCACCGUCGGAAAGCACGUGAUCAGUACAAGGGCAAGCUGUUUGGAAAAGGAGGAAUGA